AUGGCCGAAGUCGGCGAGGACAGCGGCGCCCGCGCCCUGCUCGCGCUGCGCUCGGCGCCCUGCAGCCCCGUCCUGUGCGCCGCAGCCGCCGCCGCCGCCGCCUUCCCCGCGGCCGCGCCCCCGCCGGCCCCGGCGCAGCCUCAACCCCCGCCCGGGCCGCCGCCGCCGCCGCCGCCGCCGCUGCCUCCGGGCGCGAUCGUGGGUUCCUCCGGGGUAUCCGGGGACUCCGGGGGCGCGGGCGCGGCGCCGGCCCUGGUGGCCGCGGCGGCCGCCUCGGUGCGGCAGAGCCCAGGGCCGGCGCUGGCGCGGCUGGAGGGCCGCGAGUUCGAGUUCCUCAUGCGCCAGCCCAGCGUCACCAUCGGCCGCAACUCGUCGCAGGGCUCGGUGGACUUGAGCAUGGGCCUGUCCAGCUUCAUCUCGCGGCGCCACCUGCAGCUCAGCUUCCAGGAGCCGCACUUCUACCUGCGCUGCCUCGGCAAGAACGGCGUCUUCGUGGACGGGGCCUUCCAGAGGCGCGGCGCGCCCGCCCUGCAGCUGCCCAAGCAGUGUACCUUCCGGUUUCCCAGCACGGCCAUCAAGAUCCAGUUCACGUCGCUCUACCACAAAGAAGAGGCCCCGGCCUCCCCGCUUCGGCCGCUGUACCCACAGAUCUCCCCUCUGAAGAUCCACAUCCCGGAGCCGGACCUCCGGAGCAUGGUCAGCCCCGUCCCCUCCCCGACUGGCACCAUCAGCGUCCCAAACUCCUGCCCAGCCAGUCCACGUGGUGCCGGCUCCUCCAGUUACCGCUUUGUGCAGAACGUGACCUCGGACCUGCAGCUGGCAGCAGAGUUUGCAGCAAAGGCCGCAUCGGAGCAGCAGGCAGACACGUCUGGAGGAGACAGCCCCAAGGAUGAGUCAAAGCCGCCGUUCUCCUACGCGCAGCUGAUCGUGCAGGCAAUCUCCUCUGCCCAGGACCGGCAGCUGACCCUGAGCGGGAUCUAUGCCCACAUCACCAAGCAUUACCCCUACUACCGGACGGCGGACAAAGGCUGGCAGAAUUCUAUCCGGCACAACCUCUCUUUGAACCGUUACUUUAUUAAAGUCCCACGUUCCCAGGAGGAGCCUGGGAAGGGGUCUUUUUGGCGAAUAGACCCUGCUUCUGAAGCCAAGCUCGUGGAACAGGCAUUCCGGAAACGGAGGCAGAGGGGCGUCUCCUGCUUCCGCACCCCCUUCGGGCCUCUGUCCUCAAGGAGCGCUCCAGCUUCACCCACACACCCCGGGCUGAUGUCCCCUCGCUCCAGCGGCCUGCAGACCCCAGAGUGCCUGUCUCGGGAGGGCUCCCCCAUUCCACACGACCCUGAGUUUGGGUCCAAGUUAGCUUCCGUCCCAGAGUACCGGUAUUCCCAAAGCGCACCCGGCUCCCCCGUCAGCGCCCAGCCAGUGAUCAUGGCCGUGCCUCCCCGACCGUCCAGCCUCGUGGCCAAGCCCGUGGCCUACAUGCCCGCCUCCAUCGUAACUUCACAGCAGCCCGCGGGCCACGCCAUCCACGUCGUGCAGCAGGCCCCCACCGUCACCAUGGUCAGGGUGGUCACCACAUCUGCCAACUCAGCCAACGGAUACAUCCUCACCAGCCAGGGCUCGGCGGGGGGCUCCCAUGAUGCGGCAGGCGCAGCUGUGCUGGACCUGGGCAGCGAGGCCAGAGGCCUGGAGGAGAAACCCACCAUUGCAUUUGCCACAAUCCCCGCAGCUGGCGGAGUCAUCCAGACGGUGGCCAGCCAGAUGGCCCCCGGGGUCCCCGGACACACGGUCACCAUCCUGCAGCCCGCCACACCCGUGACCCUCGGGCAGCACCACCUUCCAGUCCGGGCCGUGACUCAGAACGGAAAGCAUGCGGUUCCCACGAACAGUUUAGCCGGCAGCGCUUACGCCCUCACCAGCCCUUUGCAGCUCCUUGCAACCCAAGCGAGUUCGUCCGCGCCAGUGGUGGUCACCCGGGUGUGCGAGGUGGGGCCCAAGGAGCCAGCAGCGGCCGUCGCGGCCACAGCCACCACCACCCCAGCCACUGCCACCACCGCCUCUGCCUCCGCCUCUUCCACUGGAGAGCCCGAGGUCAAAAGGUCCCGGGUGGAGGAGCCCAGUGGGGCUGUGACCACACCAGCCGGAGUGAUCGCAGCCACCGGCCCCCAGGGGCCAGGCACCGGGGAGUGAGAUCACCUGCAACGCGGGGGAGUGGGACUCACCCAGCGGCGACCCCGAAGCUGGACCCGGCAGCUCAGGCGGCCACACCCACAGACGGAGGAGAACAGCCCGCGGCGGCUUGCGGGCAUCAGCGGCACCUGGACACACCCAGCCCUUUCUAUUUUAUCGCCUGCCUUCCCGUGGUUUAAAACAAAAACACAUAAACAAGUUCAGACAACUGAUUGUAUGAUUCUGGGAAUUCUUUGCUUUCAUUUCCUUCUCCCUCGGCACCACCUCCUCUCCCCAGGCCUCCCUGUCGGGCAUGGGUAGGAGGUUGGAGCUCAGCAUCUCGAGGAAUGUGUCAAGACAGCCCCUCCGCUCCGCGCUGCACGGCCAGCUGCCUUUGGGAGGACAGACAGAAACGCAGCAAGGCACACACCAAGGCUGCCGGGGAAGCCCGGGCACCUGACGGAUGCCUGUUGGGGAAGCCAGGAACUGCCGAGCCACGGACUGCCUAACAGCCUCUCCGCCCAGAAUGUGACAUAGAGAGUGUUGGCAUUAACGCGGGGGGUGUCCGAUUUCACUUCAGACCCCAAGUUUUUCUUUGUUUAAACAUGAAGUUCAGACUUCAUUGUACACCUGAGGCAAACACAAAAGGGAUCAUGUAUUUUUGAGGAUUUCACCUGUUGACGGUCUGAUGACUGGCCGUAGGUCUGGGGUUCCCGCUGGGUUUAAUCCCCUCGAAGAGUAAACCUGCCGCUCUGUCUGAUAACUUCAAGUAACAGCAGCGGCUUCCUGGGUUGGCGUUCGCGGUGGAAGGUUCCUAGGAUGAAAGAUGGCCCUGGAUCCGCCGGCCGCAGACAUCGCACUCCCGGGGACAGUCGGGGCCGCUGCUCUGCAGACCAGACCUUUCCGAAUUCUCCCGUGGCUCCAAUGUCCCGGUGCUGACGGCCACACGGGGACCUAACAGUGCCAAACGACAUCUGCUCCAGCUGCUUUUUCACCCAGUUACAGAGUCCUCACCACUCCCACAUUGAUCUGCUGUUUUAAAUUGGAACCAUUUCUUCUGCCUGAAACUCCAGGGCCCCUCCCUGGGCCUUCCAUGAGCAGAAGGAGACCCCACCCCAGCAGCAGUGGCGAGCAGGCCUGUGCCUCCACGCCCAGCCCCCGCCAAUGCGACUGGUUUUGUUUGCCACACGGUGAGAACCGGAGGACGGGAUGCUCCAGCCAGUUGGGUGGCUCUGGGGUCCCUGAGGAAGCCCCUCCUGCACUUCCAUUAAGAUGGCCAGUGGUGCCUGGAUCUUUGUCAACGAGCAGCGUUGAGCCAGAGCUGUCUAAUGCUAAGCCCAGCUCAGGAAGGAGAGAGGAGUCCUUCAGUGUGUCUUGGAGAUGCGCAGUGCGUCCUCGUAAAGGUCAGCUGUCAGUUUUGCUGGCCGCUCCGGCGCUGGCUCUCCUGUCCAGGACCACAACGAGAAACAGCGACAGCUUCGACGCAGAGCUCCGGAAGUGCCUGAGGAGCAGUGGUUCUUGGAAAUCGCCCGUCCUCUGCGUCACAGCCUCUCACCAGCAAAGCAGCCUCCGCCCGGGCCCUGGCGGGACAGCCGCAGAGGGACCCAGGUGCCUGGAAGGCAUUUGAGGGAGGUGGCUGGGCAGGUGUCUCCCUGAAGAAGAAGGGAGAACACUUUUCAAAGUGAUUCCGAGGCAGUGCGGGAGGACACACGUGCUGUGCAGUGGAGUGGGGUCGCCCGUGGCCGCCAUCAGAGUCCCCGUCCCCCAGGACAAGUGCAGAAUCUCUGUGGGCCCCCUCAUUCCACCUAGAUAGAGAAAACCCGUUUGGUUUCCUUCCCCUGUUCCGUUGUUUUUGUAAGCCCCCCACAUUGAGUCGUUUCUAUGGCACUAACCUUUCCGUGGGAAAUAAGCUCUUUGUGGAAGUCCGUACCUGUUGCCCUGGGUGAGGUUUCAGAGAAAUGGGGGCAGGUUGAACACAGCCGGCCGUCCUGGGUGCAGUUCCGUCCGUGGAGGGUGAGAGAUUGCGCCCCGUUCCACACUUGUGGCGCCUGCUGUUGUCUGUGGGCCUUUUCUUUCCAUGGUGCCUGGUGUGUGCGUGCAUGGCACGAGAGAAUGGGGUGUGGUGGUUGGAGAUGGCUCCCUGACACCGGUGCCUGUGUGGCCUGAGCCGGCACCCUCCCAGGAGCGCCCGUCACGGGGGGCCUCUGUGAUUACCUGCUGCUACUCUCUCCCCCGUGGUGACUGUAUGUCCCCACGGCUGCCUGCGGCCACCCUGAUGGGGGACCUCUGUUUGCUUCUGGGCCACUGCAGGUUGGCCUUCUCAUACAAGAUGAUGUCUGCAGGGAGCGCCGCGUGCUGGGAUUGCACCACGUGUUGGUCACAAAGCGAGGUCACCUUUUGGCCUGGUCUGCUCAGGCUGGCCCUGACCCACUUGCUUUCCUAGAUUUUGAGACGGAGCACAUUCUUCUUAGCGGUAGUGUUCUCUGAUUUCACUGCUUCAUUGCCAAGGGCGUGGAAAGGGGGUGGUGGAUGGAGCCGGGGGGGGGGGGGGUGAGCACAGGACCCUUGGGCUGCAUUCUGCCACGUGGGGUUCCGCACUGUCUAGCUUCUGUGGGGACUGCAAAGAGGGACGGAGGGACGUGGUCCUAGGGGUCGGCUCAGACUCGGAGCAGGGCAGGCAGAGGAGGGCAAGGAGAGGAGGCCUGGGUCCUGGAUCCACUGCUCUGGGCUCAUAACCAUGAGAUUUUGAAAGAGUUUUUGGUCAUCUGAGCAGGUACCAUGCCUGGCUCAUGCCGGAACUUGUCUUGGAACCGGUAGCCAGAGGCCCAGGAAGGGACAGGGCCCAAAAGGGUUGCAUGUCCUGGCCACAAAGCCCUCCCGGUGUGCCCUGAGCCAGCCCAGCAAGCGCCUCCCAGCCAGGCGCUUUCGCAGAAGAGCACAGGCCAGGGGGACCGGGAGAGCCUCAGCCCCCAGCCUGGGCGGCCUGUGACCCUGAGCCGUGUGGAGCCAGGACCCAAGAAUCUUCUCUAGGUUCUCAAGGGUGAGCUGACCUGAGCAAUGUGCAGGAAUGUGGAGAGCAAAAGUAGCUUGAUUCCAGCCCCAUUCUGGGGUCACUGCAGAGGCAGGUCACCAGGGGCUGGGGGCACGGUCCACAGCGGAGAGAACAGCAGGUCACAGUGGUGGUUUUGGGAAGGGCCCCUCCUGCUUUGCCCUGUUCGGAAAGGGGCUCCCUCAGAGCCCCUGGGCCCAGUAACCCGCUUCUCUCUCCUGAUGCCUGGUGGACAAAUUGCCAGGUUUAUCAAAUACAAGAAAACACCCGCUUUGGCUAGGAGGUAAGUCCCAAAAAGAAUGUCUUAAGUAGAGCACAGGCAUCCACCGAGGCCAUUUGGUGGCCCUUGGGAAGUGGGGAAGCAGGGCUUGAGCGUCCCCAGGCUGCUAGGGCAGCAGCUGGCUCAGGCACACUCUCUCGUGCCAGCUUCUGCCACCAGCCCAGUGUCCAUGGAGCAGCGGGGCCAGAGGAGCUCAGGGAGACCUGGCUGUCUAGGGCAUGGUGCCCGGCAUCCCGGUGUGUGCCCAUCCUCAGCCACUUGUGUCUUUCUUUCCAUGUGGAAGUUCUCCCGGUGACACCUGCCCUCCGUUGAGGGUGGAAUCUGUCACUUAUGCCUUUGAGGGACCCAGAUGGACCAUCCCUCUUCUGCUUUCUUUCUACAUUCCUAAAAACCUCAACGUUAAUCCCUCACCAAUCGGACCGAAUACGGCCUCAUGGUUCUGCAGCGCCCUGGUCUUCUCCUACUGGCUUCACGCUAGGGGGCGCCAUGUACUCUGGGUGAAAUGAGACCCUGGUGUGGGGUCCCCAUGCAGAUACCCUCGGGUCCCUAUCCAGAGACCCUCGAGGCAGUGCUGGGAAGACACCCAUGUGUGUCUCACACCUGCCGCCCCUCAGUUUCCUUCCCAAGGUCUGCUGGGUCCUCUUUGGGAUUUGCUGUUUAUUUGUAUUUCCCUUUUCUUUAAGAAUCAUGCUAAGUGAAAAAGGUGGGAAUGAAUUUCUGAGUUGCUGAGUGUUCCCUGCUCCUAGGUACCAUGCUCUGUGCUUCUCGAUCAGGGAGGAGAUGGAUUUGGUGGAGCUGGGCCAGGACGGGGUCUUCACCCUGCCCCCUCCAGACUGCCGGAGCCCCAAGAAGUUUUGAGCCCAGCUGGGCCUCGCCUCCCCAACUCCUGGGUCCGUUUUCUGUACUGGUUUGAGAUCACAGGCAUCAUUCAGCUAAUGCUCUUAUGUCCUCUACAUAAAGAGGGCCUUCCCUGGAACACCUCCAGGGAGCUGGGACGCUCCAGAAAGCCCCGGGUGAGGGCUCCAUCUUGAGAGAGAGAAAGCCCUUCCUUGGGCGAGUUCAGGAGGCGGAGGAAGCUUUUCCUUGGCUUUGAAAUCAGUGUUUUUAUAGAGACAAAGAACAGACCUCAUUGGGAAAAAUGAAAACGUCAUGGAACACGGGGAGGCGUCGGAGAAGAAAGAAUUUUCCCCUUCGCUUUCAGAGCUGGCGGGAGUGCAGGCUGUUUUGCUUCAGAAGCCUCACAUUCUGCUUUGCCCUUGAGUGACUUCAUGCGGGAUGAGGAACUGUUGACCUCUCUAGAGAGGACACCCCAAGUCCAUCCUGGGCUCCUCCUCACCCCUCUGAGAGAGUCCCCCUAAAAAAGGCUUUAGAAUCACCAGCGUGCCGCCUCAUGUUUCAGGACGGAAUCGCGUGCUCCUCACGCUGGAAUAAGUUACAAAACAUGAUUGUAAGGUUCUUUGCAAGUGCAGAGCCCCAGAAUGCUGGAUGGAGGCCUCCUCGGCCCUGCGGGUGGCCUGGCUGCAGUAGGUCUGCUGUAAGGGGUGACCCCGGGGACUGCAUCACACUCCUGAUGAAAACGUGUUUACCCACAGCCUCGCCUCGAGCCUCCUUGACAAUACCGCUGCCUCGAAGCAAUAUUAUUUAACGAGAAUACUUUACAUUGCUCACAUGUGCUGCUAUGAAGACAGGAUUAAUCUGUAGACGGGACUCAGCUCCGGAGGUUCCUGGGUAAUGUAUUUUGGCUCUUGGAAAUAAGGGUAGAAUUUAGAAUAUAACAAAUAGUCUCUCGCC